GGCGGGUGCCGGGUCGGGGUUGCGGCCGCGGGCGGUGGCACCACCAGCACCGAGCCCGGCGCGGGGCGGCGGCCCUGGAGAGCCCGUCCACAGUUGGCUCUGAAGAGAUCACUUUCCAGCUAAAGAUGGCUGCUGAUACACCUGUUGAUAUCCUUCAAAAGGUUCUGGAGAAUGAAAUACUUCAGUCUACUAAGGUUGUGGAAGAACAUCUGGAUGCUGAAAUACAGAAGCUGGACCAAAUGGAUGAAGAUGAAUUGGAACGCCUUAAACAAAGGAGGCUUGAGGCCCUAAGAAAGACUCAGCAGCAGAAACAAGAGUGGCUUUCAAAAGGACAUGGAGAAUACAGAGAAAUCCCAAGCGAGAGAGACUUUUUCCAAGAAGUCAAAGAAAGUAAAAAUGUGGUUUGCCAUUUCUAUAGAGAUACAACAUUCAGGUGCCAAAUAAUGGACAAACAUUUGACUGUAUUGGCAAAAAAGCACAUYGAAACAAAAUUUUUGAAAUUAAAUGCUGAAAAAUCUCCUUUCUUGUGCGAGAGACUGCGCAUAAAAGUAAUUCCCACUCUAGCACUAAUAAAAGAUGGAAAAACACAUGACUACGUCGUGGGCUUUACUGACCUUGGUAACACUGAUGACUUCACUACAGAAACCUUAGAAUGGAGAUUAGGCUGUGCAGACGUAAUUAAUUACAGUGGAAACUUGAUGGACCCACCUUUUCAAAGUCAAAAGAAAUACGGAACAACCUUUACGAAGCUGGAUAAGAAGACCAUCAGAGGAAAGAUAUAUGAUUCAGAUUCUGAUGAUGACUAGAAGAGCCGCUAAAUAUAUUUGUAAAUCAUCUUUUGUUUAUGYGUGGUACAUUUCUAAGAAUGUUUUUUAUAAAGCUUAAUGCUUUUCAUUGCAUCUGCACAUAAUUCUCAUUUUUCUAUACAGUUUUAUACAACUGAGUCAUAGCAGAAAAAGCUUAAGUAUUAUUUUUCUCUUUUGGAAGUCAUUUGUAAUUUGAAAAUCUUAGUCCUUCUAACUAAACAACAUGGCAAAUGAUGAACUUAAGCUCUUUGUCUUAAGUAUAAGUUUAUGAAAUGCUUUGAAGUAACUUAGAAACAGCUGUAUAAAGUCAGACCAAAGGUCCCUCUGGCCCAGGAUCCAGUCUCAGUGGCUUAACGGAGAUGCACAAGGAAGAGUGAAAACAGGGUGACCAGUUAGCAGUGCUUCCCCACAAUCUACUUCAAGCAGUCUGUGGCUUGGGGAGCUCUGUAUCUGAGAGCAUUUGCUGGUUAAAACAAUGGAAGAAAAAUCUCUUUAAAACCUCAUGGUAUCGAGGCAUCCAAAUCAUGUGACCAGGAAGCCACAGUUUAGCUGUGCUGUGUGAGGAACUACUUCUUGUUGUUUUCUUUGAAUCUGACAAGGAUUUUUUUUCUAUUUUUCUUUAUUAAAGGAGAUAACAGACACUUUGGAAAAAAAGAUUGUUCUCUAUCAGUUCUUCUUAAAUUUAUCAUUACUUAUAUUAUCAGUAAAGCACCACGAAAUUAUUAGUAAAGAAAUUGUGCAUUUUAACAAAUAAUUGCUUAUCUUAUGGUGCCAUAUCAUGCCAUUGAAUAAAUUAACUGCAUUGCACUAUAAGUUGUAAAAACAGUCAACUUCUGAAAUAGAUGGCCAAGAAAUGCCCUUUUACCAUCUAUGAACGCUGCAUGUCAGAGCUGAUAAAGCAGGUAAUAGCACAUAGCAACAAGCAUAUUGAAAACAGCCUUGUUCACGGGUUUGUAUCAUUCUGUGGUUGUGAAUGUGUGGAUUUUAUAGCAGAUGCUUUGUACAAGAGAGUAGAAUAGAGAAAAGUAUUUGGGAGAAACCUUGAUCGUUAAAUUUAGAUAUAGUGCCACAUACUGUGUACUGUUCUUCAGUAAUGGACAGAAUUUUCAAGAAGGAUCUUCCUUGGACACAAUGUAAAAUUUCUGGCUAGGUGAACAGUUGAUGAGUUUUCUUUUCAUUUUCAAAAGAAUGAUUUGCUUUGUGAUGAAGGGCCCUUUUGAGGUGGUAUUUUGAAUCCAGUUGGUCUAAAAAGCAGUGAAGUGGAUCUAGUCAGUCCUGCUGCCUUGUAAUAGAGAACACUUGUGAUUGGGCCAGCCCAGCAAUAUAUCUCUUUAAGUUUAAAAAAUUAUAUUUUAUUUCUGUUCAUGUACAUUGAAAUAAAAUUAUUUUAAUUCUAA